AUGAAUUCUUCCAUUGAUGGAGAGGUCCGUGAGGAACGACACUUAAUCGUAAAUAUGCUAAUUCACAAUUGGGAAGCCUCGCAGAAUCGUCAUAUUGAUUGUUGUAUUUAUAGAGUCCCUACACGUAUUCGUAAAGUAAACGAAGAAACUUACACUCCUCAAGCAAUUUCAAUAGGCCCUUUUCAUCAUCAGAAAACAGAAUUAGGCAUCAUGGAAAAUCUAAAAGAGGGAUAUGUAGAUCACUUUUUCUCACGAACAACUCUUGAGAAACGUGAGAAAGUUUUAGCCUUCAUCCAAGAGCACGAGCUGAAGAUACGAGAUUGUUAUUCAGAACCUUGUACGCUUAACAAUGAUGACUAUGUAACGAUGAUUCUACGUGAUGCUAUUUUUAUCAUAGAGGUCUUCUUGAGCAAUUAUGAGCAAGAUGAUGAGCAAGAUAGUGUUCCGGAAAUUAAACCAACAGAAAAAUUAGCUUUAAUGUUGGACUUUAUAUUACUGGAAAAUCAACUUCCAUAUUUUUUACUUGAGGGAUUAUACAAGAUAGUUGUCAGUAGACCUCCCUUCAUUAAUCUUUGUUGUGAUUUCUUCCGCCGUCCCAAUGAGAUGUUUGAUAGCGUACCUGAUCAAUCAGAGAUUAAACAUUUCACCGAUUUGCUAAGAGUUGCUCUAGUGAAAAGCUACCCGCAACAGAAGUCAAAGAAGCAGUCACAUGAGGUAAAUAGUGAUGUUGAUUUACCUAGUGCGGCGAAGCUACAUGAAUCAGGAGUGAAAUUCAGUGCUAGUCAAAUGGAAUGCUUAUUUGACAUAAAAUUUGAAGAAGGCGAGUUGAGAAUACCACAAUUAUCAGUUGACAAUGCGACAGAAACUAUACUUCGGAACAUAAUGGCUUUGGAGCAAUGUUACUAUCCAUAUACUACUCUCGUCUGUGAUUAUGUUGAACUACUAGAUUCUCUUAUAGACGAAAAAAGCGAUUUGGAUUUGCUUGUUAAGGAGGGAAUUAUUUCCAAUCGUAUGGGCAACAGUACGUCAAUAGUACGUAUGGUUAACAACCUUUGCACACAAAUUACCAUAAAUAGAGUUCAUUACGAAGAUAUUUCUAAGCGACUGAAAAAACACUAUAAUGAACCUUGCAAUCAUACCUGCGCAAAAUUGAAAAGUGUGUAUUUCAGCGAUCUCUGGACAGGUACUGCAACUAUUGCUGCUGCUGUACUCUUGAUACUUACAUUUAUGCAAACUGUGGCUUCUUUUUUGCAAUUGAAAUAG